AUGGACACUUCCAACAAGUCUUCAGAAGAAGCCCCAUUCAUCCUAUUGGGAAUGACAACAUAUCCCAGCCAGCAGCGGUCCCUCUUUGCAUUGUUUUUGGUAUUGUAUGUGGCAGGCAUCCUGGGCAAUGGACUUAUUGUGGCCACCAUCCGGGCCAGUCCAGCCCUUCAUGCACCCAUGUACUUCCUGCUGGCCCAUCUGUCCUUUACUGACCUCUGCUUCACCUCUGUUACUGUGCCCAAGAUGUUGGCCAACUUGUUGGCCCAAGACCACUCCAUCUCUCUGACCGGCUGCCUGACCCAAAUGUACUUCUUCUUUGCCCUGGGUGUAACUGACAGCUGUCUCCUGGCUGCCAUGGCCUAUGACCGCUAUGUGACCACCCAGCACCCCCUCCACUAUACCACGAGGAUGUCCCGGACCAUGUGCACAGCCCUAGUGGGGACUGCAUGGCUGGUAUCCCAUGUCCACUCCCUCCUGCACAUCCUGCUCAUGGCCCGCUUGUCCUUCUGUGCCUCUCACCAGGUGCCCCACUUCUUCUGUGACCACCAGCCUCUCUUAAGGCUCUCGUGCUCUGACACCCACCACAUCCAGCUUCUCAUCUUUACUGAGGGUGCCGCAGUGGUGGUCACUCCCUUUCUGCUCAUUCUUGCCUCCUAUGGUGCCAUCGCAUCUGCCGUGAUCCAGCUGCCCUCAGCCUCUGGGAGGUUCCGGGCUGUGUCCACCUGUGGCUUCCACCUGGCCGUGGUAGGCCUCUUCUAUGGCACAAUCAUUGCAGUCUACUUCCAGCCCAUAUCUCAAUAUGAGGCAGAGCAGGGUCGUGUGGCCACCAUCAUGUACACCAUCAUCACUCCCAUGCUGAACCCUGUCAUCUACAGCCUCCGGAAUCGUGAUGUGCAGGCACUCCAAGCCCUUUUCACUUGGCAAAGGAUCUCAGCUAGUGACUCCUAA